AUGGUUUUUCUAAGAUCUCUAGCAUCUCUCCUACUCAUCUCUUCCCUGGGCUUACAAGUCUUGGCUGCCAGUACUACCACCAAGAAAACCACCACUACCAAGACCUCUACCACUAAGACCUCUACCAAGACUACUACCACCAAGACCUCUACUAAAACAUCGUCGACGGCCAAAGCUACUAGUACAUCCUCAGGAGCAUCAUGGUCCUGGCCUAAUUGGAAUUCUUAUUCAGAUUCUACUGAUGCACAAUGGCAAGCUGCUUGGAAUAUCACCAACUGGGCAUACCCACAUACAAGUGGUGAAAACCACAAUAUUGUUGCCAAUCCCACCGAUUCAAGUGAGAAGGUACUUCGCGUCUUCUACCCGGCUGGCUCAUUCAAACCUUCCAAUACCCCGGUUGGUGGUAUAGGAUUCUAUGCUUCCCCCCUCGAGAUUCCAGCCAGUGCAAAUACAGUCACCUUUACUUACCAAGUAUACUUUCCAUCCGGAUAUAACUUUGUCGAAGGUGGAAAACUUCCUGGUCUUUACGGUGGGCAUGAUGACUGUAGUGGAGGUAACGAUGCCGAAACCUGCUUCUCUACUCGCAAUAUGUGGAGAACAUCAGGCGAAGGUGAAUCGUAUUUGUAUAUCCCCAAGGAUGCUCAAGUCAGCUCCAUCUGCUCCAACUCCCUUAUUAUCUGCAACUCUGAUUACGGCUAUAGUGUUGGAAGAGGCACAUUUGAUUGGACUACUGGCAGCUGGAAUACCAUUACUCAGGUUCUUCAACUUAACACUGUUGGCCAGCAGGAUGGUGCCAUUACUGAAGUACACGGUGGCUCAACUGCAUUCAGUCUUGGUCAAUUGGUGUUCCGUCAAUCGAACUAUGGAGUCGCAGGAAUUGAUUUCGAAACGUUCUUUGGCGGAUCUACAAGUGCGUGGGCUACACCUACAGAUCAAUACACUUACUACCGAGGACUAUCUCUUUCAUACAACUAG